CUAUGGUGGUACGUUUUCUGGGGGUUCAUAUCUUGGUGGAGUGGCAGAGCUGAUGAGAAUAAAUUACGGCCUACAAAUGUAUUCAGAAGUAGUUUCUCGUGUUCAAGCAUUAUUGAAGGCGGAUCCUUGUAAUUUUGAGUACAUAUUGUGGGCAGUAUUUGAUGAAAAGGAACGAGUAGUGAAGAUGAAAAUCGAAUCCAGUGAGGAUAUCUUGGAGUUGAUUGAAGAACAAAAAAUUCCCAACAUUUACGUGGAGUUGGAGAAGCGAGUAAAUGUAGAGAUUCCGGGGACGGCCCAACAAAGCUUCACGCAAAUGAUGGCGUCCCAAGGUGUAUUUCCUAGUUCUUUUGGUGUUGAUGGUUCUGCAUUUUUCUACGAGGCCCCAUAUUCACAUCAAGCAGGCCCUAGUUCAUUUGCACAUACUGGAUAUCAUUGGGGUGCUGAUGAUCAAACCGCGGGUUGUUCGAAUCGACCAGGUCAUUCUCGUGAAG